CAAGAAGACCGUCCCACCUCCGCCAUGGCUCUGGCCCACCCCUUCUGCUCCUCCGUGCGCAAUCCCAACGCCAUUAUAAGUGAGUUGGUUCAGUUGGCGCUGGCCAACGCCAACGAGGAGAACCAGAUGCGACCACGCCUGCGGAAGGCCCUCUGUGAUAAUGGCUACAGUGGGCACGAAGAGUCCAGU